CUGCACUCUACUUGUCUCGCGCGGGCUCCGCUUCAUCCCACACCGAGGCUGUUCUGUCUUCUGUCCCCCUCCUUUCUCGUCUGUCGCAUUUCGGUGAGAGUUCUAGUGGAGAGAGAGACCCUGGGGGUCGAAGGUUCUGCCCUGGACGCCGCGAACUCAACCCCUCACGGCUUCUGAAAUACCCGAUGACCGUCAUCUUUGACACUUCAGCGGACAAUCUCGGAGCGAUUUGGGGCCAAAAGAAAAGGUGGUGACUCACAACAAAGCCUUUUGAUUUGACUUGAGAGAUCCUUGCUUAUUGGAUAGGCACUGUUCUGCUGUGACCCGCUCAUGUCCCAACCAGAGGUGCCAUGGCCCGCAGAAUAUCCUCUCAGGGAAAGGUCACAAUCUCUGUGGAUGAGUACAGCUCCAACCCAACCCAAGCAUUCACCCAUUACAACAUCAACCAAAGCCGCUUCCAGCCCCCUCACGUCAACAUGGUAGAGCCACUUCCCUAUGAUGCGCCAAAGCCUGUCGGUCAUACGCGUUUCGUCUGCGUUUCAGACACGCACUCGAGGACGGAUGGAAUCCAAAUGCCUUUCGGCGAUGUGUUGCUUCACACGGGCGACUUCACUGAGCUCGGCCUCCCGUCUGAAGUGAAGAAGUUUAAUGAGUGGUUAGGUAGUCUUCCAUAUGAGCACAAAGUUGUCAUCUCUGGAAACCAUGAACUUACCUUCGAUAAAAACUUUAUGGCAGAACUCAUAAAGCAGGAUUACUACCGUUUCCCCUCAGUGUCCAAGCUGAGGCCUGAGGAUUUUGAUGACGUUCAGUCCCUCCUUACAAACUGUGUGUAUUUACAGGACUCUGAGGUCACCAUUAAAGGGUUCAGGAUAUAUGGGUCCCCUUGGACCCCCUGGUUUAAUGGAUGGGGCUUUAACUUACCUCGUGGCCAGUCGCUCCUCGAUAAGUGGAACCAGAUCCCUGAAGAUAUAGACAUUCUUAUGACACAUGGGCCUCCUUUGGGGUUCAGAGAUUGGGUGCCCAAAGAGCUCCAGAGAGUAGGCUGUGUGGAGCUGCUCAACACAAUUCAAAAGAGGGUCCGACCCAAAAUUCACACAUAUGGGGGAAUCCAUGAAGGGUAUGGCAUCAUGACAGAUGGCUACACAACAUUUAUCAACUCCUCCACAUGUACAAUCAGCUUUCAGCCCACCAAUCCACCAAUCAUAUUUGAUCUCCCCAAUCCAGGAAACUCCUGAGACUCCUUAAAGCUCUCCCCUCUUUCUUUUUUUUUGGUUCUUUUUACACUUUCUUUCUUACAUUGAAUUGUCUUUUUGUACUGCUUGUAUUUAAAAAUGCAUGGAAAUCUGCUAUUUUUUAAAAUUGUAUUGAAGCCCAUGUCAUUACAAUGACUAUUCGUGGGCUAAAAACAUGUGAAUUCAUAUUUGUAGUUUGUAUGCAUCAGUUGCCUUGUGUUUUUAUUUAGUUUCUGGUCAGGAUCUUAAAAGUGCAUUAUAAAGGUACUCCUAAUUGUGUCAGCAAUACUUGACCAUGUGUAUGAUUUAAUAUUAAUUGUGCUUUGUAAAUUUAUUAUAAAUAUAUUAUUUAAAGUCAUGAAGUCAAUACCUUGUGUGGUGUAUUCAAGUUUGCAUAAAUAAGUGCAUACAUCACUUAUGUUCAAGUGUCUUAUGGGUCUGAUAUUUAUUGCUGCUAUCAGACUUUGCUCUUGUCAAGAAAAUGUAUCUGUAUCUUGCGGGCCAUUAAACAUGUUACAAGGCAAGCAUUUUGUUCUCUGCAAAUAAUACAGUACGUCAAAAGAUAUACGAUAUUGGUUUGUAAAUGAGAUGAAUGGAAUCUUGCAUUAUUGCUGUGCUACUUGUGUCCUAUGAUUGCCGUUUAGAAGAGUGUGCUAAUUCUCAAUCAAAAAAGAUGUUUGGCCUGAUUGUGUUGGAGUUUUUAGCUCAAGCUAAAAGAGGAAGAGAAUUCUUAAUGUGAUUAGUUGUUUAGUCCUGUCCCUGACUACACAGGUGCAAAUAUUUUAACAGGUUCUAAAUUCCUAUUAAAUCUGGCCUAUUUAAAAAAAAAUUAAAACACAUGUUUGUAUAUCCUGGGUUUGCAAUACCUUUAUUAUUAUAUUGGUAAACUGGAAGUUACAUCAUAACACCCCAAGCCUAUGGUUUAAAUUUUCUCCAUAUGAUUGCCAUUAUUAGUUUUUAUAUUAAUCUGUGUGUUGCAUAAAAAUUUGUUGCACUGUGGAUCUGCAAUCUCAUAAGCAAAAAAAGAAAGAAAAAAAAAUCUAUUUCAUGUCAUUUCUGCUAUUGUAAAAUCUUUCUUUAUAUGUUUUGUGACUUUUUUUUAUUUAUCGUGACAUUUACCUGAGUUUAUAUGCAAAUAAAAU